CAAACACAACACAUUUUACAAGCACUCGUAUAGUUUUCUAGGAGCUAUCACGGCACAAUUACCUCGGAAUUAUCCAAAACAAAAUUUUGUCAAGGAAGAUAUAAUUUUCACUUCGUGCUUCAACAAAUCACAAACCAAAAGUCGAUGUUCUUCACAUCAAACACCGCAGCUCACAUCACAAUCCAUCAAACAAAAACACUCAAAGCCACUUCAAAAUGCCUAUCAUAAACGAAAUUCACGAAUCUCUCCCAUAUAUUGACGCCGAGCCCACCCCACUCGAACGAGCCGCUGCCGAAUCUCUCAUUACCACCUAUUUAGAGCCCGCCUCAACAUCCACUCCACACCCCUCUCUCCCACCACUCUUACCCUCCAACCUCUCUCCAGCCCUUGCUGCUGAAAAUGCCCGGAUAUCCUCCUCAACGCCUCCACCACCUCUAAAUGCCAUCGACCUAAGCCGCUACGAAACACUUUCCCCCUCCGAAUCAUCAGUCCCAGUUUCAACCCUCCUCUCCCAAGCCUACACCUCUCAAACCUAUCUCAAGACGCGUCUCACCAACCUCUCCCUACUUGAUCAAUUUGGCAAAAAUGCUUGGUUAAUCGGAAACACGCAGUUGGAAGAUAUAUUAAAGGGGUUGGAGAGGGAAGUGGCGGCCAAGAAGGAUGAGAUUGAUGUUGUAGUGAUGGGGAGGAAGAAUGGGCAGGAAGCAGUGGAGGCGGAGAUGAGAGGCUUAGAAGAAGGGUGGAAGAAGGGAGUUGGGAGGGUGUUGGAGACGGAGGUGGCGGCUGAAGGUGUUAGGAGGGAGAUUCUGGAGAGAAGGAGGGCGGGUGCUAGUUGAUUUCAAGUUAAGAGCAUAUAACGUUUGGACUAGGGAGGAGGGGAAGAAGGACUGAAGUACUAGCUGGGUUUUGGUUGGUACUAUACGACAUCAAAACGUGCGUGCAUAUUCACAGUAGGGAUAUCAUUUGGAUUGCAUCAUGAUUCAUAAAAUUA